UGAGUUAAAUAGUGAAAAACACUUGCUCGUAUAAUAUUUGGGUGCCAUACAAUUUCCCCAAACUCCAUCACAGUGAAAUAAUAAUCGGGCUCGAACUCCAUUACAGUGAAGGUGAAACAGCUCCACAGUUCGCACUCCGAAAAUGUUCAGAUCUCACCACCUCCGCCGCUCCAUUCGCUCUCUCCACCGCCGUGUCGACUCCGACAACCCCCUCAUCCACCCGCGCCUCUUCUGUUCCCUCUCGUCUCAGCCCCCUUCCUCCGAUGCCGAGCUCCGCAAGUACGCCGGCUACACCGCGCUCCUCCUCGGCUGCGCCGCCGCCACCUACUACUCAUUCCCCUUCCCCGAGAACGCCAAGCACAAGAAGGCCCAGCUCUUCCGCUACGCCCCUUUGCCCGAUGAUCUCCACACCGUCACCAAUUGGAGCGGGACUCACGAGGUCCAGACCCGGAAUUUCUUCCAGCCCGAGUCUCUGGAAGAGCUGGAAGCUGUUGUGAAAGACUGUAACCUGAAAAAGCAGAAAAUCCGGCCAGUUGGCUCGGGUUUGUCCCCGAAUGGAAUCGGGCUGACAAGGGCUGGGAUGGUGAAUUUGGGAUUGAUGGAUAAAGUCUUGGAAGUGGACAGGGAGAAGAAGAGGGUUAGGGUGCAAGCCGGCAUUAGGGUUCAGCAGCUUGUUGAUGCUAUUAAGGAAUAUGGUCUCACUCUGCAGAAUUUUGCAUCUAUAAGGGAGCAACAAAUUGGGGGCAUUAUUCAAGUUGGUGCUCACGGAACUGGUGCGAGGCUUCCUCCCAUAGACGAGCAAGUUGUCAGCAUGAAAUUGGUUACUCCUGCAAAGGGCACAAUAGAGAUUUCUAAAGAUAAAGAUCCGACCCUCUUCUACCUAGCUCGAUGUGGACUGGGGGGAUUAGGAGUCGUUGCAGAGGUCACGCUUCAGUGUGUGGAGAGACAGGAACUCGUUGAGCACACUUUUCUUUCUAACAUAAAAGACAUUAAGAAAAAUCACAAAAAAUUGCUGUCCGAGAACAAGCACGUGAAAUAUUUGCACAUUCCGUACACCGAUGCUGUUGUGGUUGUAGCAUGUAAUCCUAUCUCUAAAAGGAAGGGUCCGCCAAAGUAUAAGCCUAAAUAUACCACAGAAGAAGCUAUACAACAUGUACAAGAUCUCUACAGGGAUUCAUUGAAGAAAUACGGAGGUACAUCAGCUGAUAACAUCACACCUCCGGAUGAUAAUGGACCAGAGACAAUUAACGGACUCUCAUUUACUGAACUUAGGGAGAAGUUACUUGCUCUGGAUCCACUGAACACAGAACAUGUAAAAAAAAUCAAUCUUGCCGAAGCAGAAUUUUGGAGGAAGUCAGAAGGGUAUAGGGUAGGGCUGAGUGAUGAAAUUUUGGGGUUUGAUUGCGGAGGUCACCAGUGGGUAUCCGAAACUUGUUUUCCUGCGGGCACCUUAUCAAAACCAAGCAUGAAAGAUCUGGAAUACAUAGAGCAACUGAUGCAGCUUAUAGAGAAAGAAAGUAUACCUGCUCCUGCACCUAUUGAGCAGAGAUGGACAUCUUGCAGCAAGAGCCUCAUGAGCCCAGCUUAUAGCUCCGCGGAGGACGACAUUUUCUCAUGGGUGGGCAUAAUUAUGUAUCUUCCAACAAUGGAUGCUCGACAACGGAAACAGAUCAAGGAGGAAUUUUUCCACUACAGGCAUUUGACUCAAGCACAUUUGUGGGAUCACUAUUCCGCAUACGAACAUUGGGCGAAGAUUGAGGUUCCAAGAGAAGGGGAAGAGUUAAAAGCACUUGAGGAGAGGCUAAAGAAGAAAUUCCCCGUGGAGGAGUACAAUAGAGCGCGCGAGGAGUUGGACCCGAAUCACAUCCUCUCUAACAACAUGCUUGAAAAGCUUUUCCCUUCACCUCAUUCACUGUGAUAUAUAUACACAUAUAUAGCACUAGAGAGAUGCUUGAUGGGUCUUGUUGAUUUGUGGCUUCGCCAGAAUAGCUUAGUUUUUGCCUAAAAAUUUGCUGCUUGAGUGUACUGAAAUGAUACUCUUUGUGGGUGGCUUUGGUGAAAUCCGAUUUUUAAACAUUUAAGAUUUUCGAACCACGGGGUAUCAAGGUCAUGACCUUCGAGUUGCAACAUUCAUUUCGAACUGCUCUUGGGAUCUGUCAUCACUCUGCAAUAUUCAACGACGUUGACGUUGAAGCUAUUCUUGAGAUUCACCUUUCUCCAUCACUUGUCUCUGACUCUGGCGUCUCACUUC